ACACGUAAAGCUAAUUUGUUUAUUUUAUACGGUCCAAAUCUCAAAUCUCGACUGUUAGCUGUCAAAAUCGGACAAGGAUUUCUAUUAACAAAAUGGUUAGGACUUAAUGCCUAAAUGCAUUAAACAUUUAAACGAUUAAUAUUUUGGGAAAGGUUUAUAUAUGCUUUUGAAAAUAAAAAUUAUGAAAUACUGUAAAUUUCCUUUUUUUUAUGCAACUCAAAUUCCAUACACUUUGAUAGAUAACCAAAGAGAAAAUUAUUUUUUUUUUUCAUAUCAAAGUUGAGAUUUAGUAUCUAAUCAAAGCAUGUAAUUUUAAAGUUUGAUGCAUGCCAUUGAUUUCGUCAACCUCUAGAGUCUAAAGUACUGUGUUGGUAUUUAAAUGAUCUAAGCCAAUCCAUCAAUUGUGUAAGAAGGCAUAUUUUUCUUAUAUCUUUUUAAUGCUGAAUUUCUUCAAGAAACAAAGAAAGGUUAAUAUCCCCUGAUGGAGUUCUGAUAGCAGAAUAAUUAGCUUAAACCUUCACUUUAUUGCAGCAAUUAUCAUCACUCAUUAGCAUUUGGCCAAAAUUUUUUUAUCACCAAUUAGUAAUCUGUAGCUCACAUGAUACCCAUCAAAUAAUGAAAGAUGGGCAGCAUGACAAAUUUUCAGAGAGGCAUAUCAAUUAUCAAGCAGCAUCAUCCAAUCAGAUGAGCCAAAUGGGCAAAAUAUGCUAGAAAUAAUGGAAAAAGCAUGCUGUGGGUGCACAUGGUGCGUAGACUUUUUCAACAUAUUUCCUCCUUAGAGCAUUUCCAUACAUAUCAAAAUAUAAUACAAUCAGCUACGGAAUUUUCCUUUUAUGUAUACCUGCCAUGUUUAUAAAUAUAGGAAUACAAGUAGUUACCAAAAAGUAAGAGGCCCACCAACCAAAGGCAUAGAAACAGAUUUGAGUCUAUUCAACAAAGGCCAAAGUCAAUAGCUCUUCCCCCUUGUACAAGUCAAGGCAUCUAACUUCCUCCAAUUUUACAAUUCUCAAAACUAUAUUCAAAUGUGACAUGCAGCAGUUGACAGCUGAAAAUUAGAAUGGGAAACAAAUUAUUGCAGCCAAAACGCAAACUGUGAAAUUUCUGGUCUUUUGUCAUCCUCGAAAUUUUCAAUGCAGCACUUUGAUGAAAGCCUCUUGUUUGUCUAGUCUGGAAAAUCAAGUCUGUCACCUUUUAGAGAUUUCGAGAAUGAAAGCUGACAAGCUUGAAGUUGAAGCAGAUUCUGAUUAUUUCAUGGAAUCAGAAACGAUGUCAACUACAACUGAAUCAUCGUUUGAAAAUCAGGGUGGCAGAAACAGAGAAAGAACAGAACCAGAGAAGAAAAUCAAGAAGCUGAGAUCAAUCAAGCCCUCAAGAAUGCCAUCAACAAGAAAGGGAAGGUCUUCAUCCAGUCAACUUCGUGCCAAGUUAUCUGGAUAUGCAGCAAGCUCGGAGCAACCUACUCCAAUAGAGAUGUCUGAUGCAUCACCAAAUUAUGUAAACGACAUAAGCUCUUCUGAUGCAAAGAGCGAGAAUUUUCAGGUAUUACCGGUAACAUUGACAACACAAUCUAGUUUUAAGCUUCUGAGAAGUGUGACAAGAAAGCCCAGCAUGAAAUUCAGAAGGCCCCAACUGAAGAAAUCAUCUGGAGGAACUGACUUGAAGAAGAAACUGAAGAAAUCAUCUAGGACAGAGGCAAAUUCCCAUGAUGAUCAGCAUUCUAUUAUUCCGUUCAGCGUGGUAGAUUCAUCACCUCAUUACUUGAAGGCAACUAGUUCUUCUGAUAUGAAGGAGCAGUUACAGGCAAGCCCACGCCAUUCUGAAUCUAGUUAUGAUAGCAGUGAGCGGGAUAAGAGAAUUUUGACAAAUGAGAAACAAAAUUUAGCUUAUUCUGUGAACAAAUCCAUUAGAGUUCUAAGAGCAUCUACUUUAGGACCUAAGAGGCCUUCCACAAAGAAAUGCUCUGAAAUUUCUUCUAUUUCAGACCCAAGCAUAGAGAGAGCUACCUGUUCCUCGACUCUAAAAGAUUCCAAAUUUCCAGAUCAUGUAGAGAAUAAACUGGGAGGAAGUGAUUCUGAUGGAACUGCAGUCUUGAAUGUCUGUCGAUAUAGUUAUUGCUCUCUUCAUGGCCAUCACCAUGAUAAUAAACCUCCAUUUAAGAGGUUUGCAUCGAUGAGGCGGCGAGUGGCAAAGACUCAGAAGAGUUUGAAAUCAGACCGUCAAUCCUUUGGCAAAGCAAAGCAUCCUGGUAAUAGAAAGAAAGGACUCCAAACAGAGAAAAGAGUCUUUAAUGGAGAUCUUGGAGUUGCGGUUCAACUGACAUCAACUGUUGAUACCAGAAAGAUCCCUUCAGUCCCGGGAAAGGAGGGCAGUGAUUUAGUAACUUUGGCUGAGAGUGUGCCCACCGAAUCAUCAUAUCCAAAUCCGAGCCAUGAGGAGAAUAUGCACCAAAGUAAUAUCCUGCUUAAAGUAGAACAGCAGAUUCCAGAGACAUUUCAAGUAUUCAAGGACAGAAGUGUGGAUUGCUGUGGAAUUGGAGAAGAACAGCAUAAAGCAACUCCUGAUACCCCUGGUACCAAGAUCAAGGUUGAAGAAAUUGUUAGAAUCAAUCCUCAUAAUGAAGACAAUAAGUCCAUUCACACUGUUAGCCAUCCCAAAUGUGGAGAUGUUAGUAGUUCGCAAGAGUUUGGAAACCCAACACAGUUUGACAAGCUGUCCUUGAAGCGUGAAACUAUAUGCACCUGCAGUGAAGGGGUUCCAGCGGAAGAGGAAGCUCAAAAAGAUGUUAAUGAAGAUAUAGCUUCAAGUUUGAAUUUGGAAGAGUAUAAAGCUCAUUCAGGAAAUGGUGCCAAAGCCUUGGAGACUGUUUCAACUGGAAUGAUGGGAGAACCAACUUCAGCUAGAGAAGAGAAUAAUGAAGAUUCUGAGCUAGAUCGUGAGAUCCUUCAACCUGCAGGUUCUAUGGCAGCUAGUAAUACUCAUGCGGCAAGCAAAACAGAGAUGGAAAAUCAGAAGAAUUUCAAAUUUUGGAAAUUGAUAUAUCAGCAAAUGGUCACAGGUCUUGAUGCUGAACUUGCAACUCAAAAGCCUCUUCCUGUAGUGAAUUCGGAAGAACAAGUAGAAAUUUUGCGUAAUGCAUAUGAAAAGAAUGACUCUUGUCAGGAAAUUUCACAGACAGAUCAGACCAUGAGCAUAGAAGAUCAUGAAGCAAGCAACGGGAAGCUUGAGUUUAGUCAAAGUCAUGCCAUUAAGCUGGUACAGCAAGCAUUUGACAAGAUCCUCUCUGAGAUUCCAGACCACUCAUCGGAUGAUCAAUCAAUUGCAAGUGAGAUAACUUCAGACCAGGCUUUCUUGUUAACGAAGCAGGAUGGAGGCAAAGAAGUGAGCAUCUCAACUUCCUCUAAUUCCAUUGAAGACUGUAUGAUACAAGAUCAAAAAGAAAUGCAGCUUCAAACUGAUAACAAAUUUGCAUCUGAAGAAGUGAAAGCAGCCCAAACGGAAAGAAAAAAGUCUGACAAUCAAAUGCCGAACAGCUGGAGCAAUCUGAAAAAAAUAAUCAUCCUCAACAGAUUUGUCAAGUCGUUAGAAAAGGUGAGGAACUUAAAGCCACGCACAAUCCAGUACGGACCUAUGGACAAAGACCCAAAAGAAGAAAAGAUUCAACUGAGGCAUCAAAAUAUGAAAGGGAGAAAAAAUGCUGAGGAAUGGAUGCUCGAUCAUGCACUUCGUCAAGUUAUUUCAACAUUGGCUCCAUCUCAAAAAAGAAAAGUAGCUAUGUUGGUACAAGCUUUUGAAACAUUCAUUCCACUACCAGAAAAUGGGGAUGAUAUCAGUUCCAAUGCAGCAGCUUCUUCUCCUACAGCUUCUGUUCAAGCCUAUAAUGAGUCUGUGGUUCACAAUGGUGACAGCACAAAAAAUGAAAAUGGUUCUGAAAUCUUGGCAGGCAAAGCAUUUUAUCCUGAAAUGAGUUCCAAAGAUGAUCAAGACCAAGUCUGUGAAUCCCAUAUAGCAUACCAGAAAAUCCCAAAAGCAUCUCCUGAGCCCAAAGAAACAAGUCUGCAUAGUGGUUGCCCAGAACAACCAUUGUGUAUAGCAGGCUCAGAAAUGAGUGAUACAGAUAUGAAGGAAGAAGUUACUAGUGCAGUCAAUGACUUUAAAGGGAAUGAAGUUUUGAUUGUCAUGGAUGCUCAGCCGAAGUUGGUUGACCUCUCUUUGUCUGAACCUGAAGAACACAGGCUAUCUGACAAGUCCUUAACUAAUGAAGGUGCAGUAAGAAGCUCUCAUGAGAAACUUUUUCCAGUAAAUGAAGAAGUUGUUGAAAGAAAGUUGAAGGAAGAAAUUUCAAUUGUCAAUUCCAAAGUCUGCAAUGAUGGUUCUGAAUUCAAUAUAAAGAAGAUGGGUUUGGAGUCCAGUGACUCGAUUAAUUCAGCUAACCAGCACCCUGGUAAACCUGAAUGCCCAACGAAAGUUGGUGAUGGAGCUCAGCCAAAAUAUAAAUUCCUCCGUUCUCCACUUGAACAAUCUGAGUUCAAUUUUGCUGCUGAUAUUUCUAAGUUGGAAAGACAAAAAUACACGAGGCUUUGGUACUUAAUAUAUAAGCACAUGGUGUCAGGUAGUGCCGCAGAAAAUGGAUCACAACCGCUUCAAAAUGUAGCAGACGAGGAAGUACAAGGUGAUGAUGCAAGCAAACAUUCCAGAGACAGCAAUGCAGAUGGUCAAGGUUCUUUUGCGACAGGUCAGGAUGUGAUGGAGAAUUACACAGCAGGUAGCCAAAAUAUUGAAUGCCACAACAAUGAGAUUAUAAAUCUGGUAGAAGAAGCAAUAGAUGAAAUACCUCUUCCAGAAAUUCAAGAUGACACAUCAGACAAUCAAUCUGUUACUGGUGAUGUAAUUCCAGAUCAAGAACUCCCAGAAAAGAAACAUGGUGAAGAAGAGGUGAAGUUCAUCCCAUGUUCUGCUGAUUCUUCUAAAGGGAACUCUGAAGAAGCUAAAAACAUAGCAGAAGAGCUUCGUUCAACCUUGAAUUCUGAAGAGAAACCACUGAAGUCUGAAAUUGUAAGCUCUCAAAAAGAAGCAGAGAGAGGAACAGAUGAGGGAAAUAAAUCCAAGAAGAGAGUGCAGAGAAAUUGGAGCAAUCUGAAGAAAAUAGUCCUCCUUAGGAGAUUUGUCAAGGCAUUGGAAAAGCUCAGAGAAUUUAACCCACAGGGCCCUCGAUACCUGCCCUUAGAUCCUGCCCCAGAAUCAGAGAAAGUUCUCCUAAGACAUCAAAAUAUGGAAGACCGGAAAAAUGCUGAAGAAUGGAUGUUAGAUCAUGCACUUCAACAAGUGGUCGCUAAACUAACUCCAGAAAGGAAAAGGAGAGUGAAGCUGCUUGUAGAAGCAUUUGAAACGGUCAUUCCCACUAUAAGUUGAAGUCAUUAAAAGCCCUGAUACAGAAGCAGUAGCUUCUCCAGCAAAAGCCAAUCAUCCUGCUGUUAGUCCACAAGGUAAGGACAUAGAAACCUGCAUUUCUUCAUCAUAACAAUAUCAUCCUUCUCAGAAUAGGGUUUCCAACGUCAACAGCCAUAUGUAUGUUGGUAGCCAGUUGGACUCUUAGUUCUAGUGACCAAGGUUCAUCUUGGCAGCCUCAAGUAUUGUACAGAAAAAGAAGCUAAGCAUUUUAUUUAUUUUUUGUUAAAUAAAAGAUAAGCAUUUCAAAUAAAAGGAACUCAUAAUAACAAAGUAUACAGACUAGCCCGCCAACAUGAAAUUUUAGAAGAAGCAUAUAUACCAGAUCUUUUUUCUUUAAACUCUACUUAGUAGAGCAUUCAUAGAAAAUUUCAUUGAUAUGGCAAAAAAGCACCCUGCUAGUAUCUUUUCUUCAAGUGAAAAUUUGAAAUCAUUGUGAUAAUGGUGAAGCUUCAUUAUUUUUUUUUUCCAACAAUG